CAGACUCCUCAAACUGGGACGCAGACUGGUCCUCUGCUGCUUUGCAUACUGAGACCGCAAAAGCUCCACCACGGGAGUGCACGGGCUCGCUUAGAGACGGCAGCAUGGACCCUGCAGGUUAUGGAGCUGCAGCCAUGAGGAGAGGAAGCUAUGACGAUGCAGCAUCCUCACUACGCCCUCACUUCAGGAACUUGGCUCAGAGACGGCGCUCUGCUCCAUCACUGGUCUUUGGGAAGACUUUGGGAAUGUCCUGGUCUCUCAGGGAGGAGACACCAUACCGGGUGUCUGUGGAGCAGAGUCCAUUUGUCCUGGGCCUUACCAGUGAGAACGGAGAGCUGCUGCUGGACGAGUGUGUCCAGAUUACGGAGGGCACGAAGACCAGGGAGAGGCAUCUGUUCCUCUUCAACGAUGCCAUCGUCUUGGCCAAACUAAAGUCGACCGCCAGCUACCGUCUGAAGCACAGAGUGAACCUCGAGGACAUCUGGCUCUACAGCUUCGAGGACGAGCCCGAGGACGACGACGGAGAUGCAGCCAUUGGGGAUUUUGACCUCAGACUGACUCUCGUCCUGGCCUGGGAUCUCACUUUUUGCUUAGUGUGUUUUCGCUCGCCUGAGGUGAAAGAACGCUGGUUUGAUACUCUUCACAGAAAAGUUACAGCUGCAAAAGCGAGGACAGGGUGUGCUUCUUCACCUCCAGACGUCCUGAUGAAGGUGCUGAGCGGCAGUAUCGCAACUAAAACUCUAACUGGAGGUGGGAUGGAGCAACUGAUUGAACGUCCAAUUGAGGGCGAUGCAAAUCUCUCUACCCAGUUAAAGCAGUUGAAUAAUCACGAGGAGCGGCUGACGCAGCCCACUGAGAACAAGUGGACCCUGGUGAGGAACAGGAUGAAGCUGAAGAAGGGAUCCAUCAACAAAGUGCACCGGGCAGAUGCAGACGCCAAGACUCAGCUGUUUGGACAGCCCCUCUGCAAGAUAUGCCCAGACGACUACACCCUUCCCAAACCCAUCACGGAGCUCCUGGUGCUGCUGAGGAAGCGGGCUCCCUCCACGGAGGGGGUGUUUCGGAAGCCCUGCAACAGCAGGAACAUGAAGGACAUCAGAGAGCAGCUCAACAGCGGCUUGGAGGUCAACCUGGAGGCUCAGCCAGUCGUCCUGCUCGUCGGACUCCUCAAAAGCUUUCUGAAGGAACUUCCUGGCAGCCUGCUGAGGUCUGAACUUUACGACAAGUGGAUGGCUGCUCUUGACAAUGAGGAGGCCCUGCAGAGAAUUCCAGAGGUCAAAAAGGUGGUUGAUGAUCUCCCGGUGUCCAACAAACUCCUCCUGCAGUACCUCGUCUGCAUCCUGCAUCACAUCCUCGAGAGCGCAGACAUCAACAAGAUGGAUGCUCAUAAUCUGGCCGUGUGCAUUGGCCCCACGCUGCUGCAGCUGGAUGACACACCGCUCGACGGGCAGAGGGAAAAGAUGCAGAAGGUCACCGAACUAACUCAGUUCCUUAUUGAGAACUAUGAGAUCCUUGGGGAGAACAUCCCCAGUUUGCUGGCUACUGAUGAAGACUCCCUGUCCUCGCUGCUUCACGACUCUGCAUAUGACAGCACUGACCCAGAUGGAGACGGGGAGGCGGGAGAGAAGAUGGGAUCCACGCGUGGAGACCGUGGCUCAUCUUCCUCAUAUUCCUCCCUCAGUCCCAGCAUAUCCGAUGUUGCCUUCCCCACCGAGUCAUCCUUCAACCGUCGCUGCUCCGAGCCCAUCAUCCUCCUCUCUGCUAAUCUCCAGAGCUUGUGCAACCACGCAAGGAGCCACGAAGACUGCUCCAUGGAAAAGAAAGACUUUGAUCAGCAGCCUCUGAGAAAGCCGAUCUCUGAUGAUUCCUUCUUGCGAGCUAAAUCGGUUCUGUCUUUUCAAAAGCUGAGCAGUAGCUCCAACAUGGAUCUACAGCCCUACAUGGGGAAGGACUGUUCGUGCUCUUCCCUGGAGAGCGCGGCCUCUAACCAGUCAGAGGGCUCAGUUUUCACCGGCUCCCCGACUGGGUCCCCGGUUUCCACCAGGAAAGAAAAUACCACCAGUCAGCCUACAAGUGCAAGAAAUGCUAAAGAGGACAUUGCUAGACCAAUUUCAAGUGAGAAAAAGCGGUCACAGUCCAUGAGAGUGGCCACUAAAGUCCUCAUGAGGACGAGGAGCUUAGGUGCCUUUAGCCGGAGCAGCAUGAAGAAAGACUCUCAGAAGGAGAACUCCUUCCCUUGUGAGACUCUCCAAGAAGACGGCAGUGAGGCAGAUUCAUCAACUGAGCUCCAGCAAAAACCACGGCCUCUGUCGGCAAUUGAAGUGUUUAAGCACGUGGACAGCAGGCUGCCCUGCAGGCCUCCACCGUACGAGCAGGCGGUGCUGAACACGACGCUCCCUCCAGUGUACCGCGCAAUGACUGUACAAGAUGCUGUGGAGCUGGAGAGGAGGUCCCGCCCUUCCUCCGUAAAUUAUGACUAUCCAGCUUCCCGAGACUUCACGUACAACCAGGACUGUCUUCCUCAAACAACCCCGGACAGCGUCGUUGAGCGGCGGCAGCCUUUCCGCCCGAGAGCCAUGUCUGAGUCUGUAUCCGCUGGCCAGCACGAGAUCGUGUCGCGGAGAUGCAGCCAACCUGUGUUCGAGGAGUUUUCCUACGCCAAGGAGUCUUAUGUCUGAUUGACUUUGUAACAGUUUUGUAAAAUGGAGUUUAAUUACACAAACAUUUCUCCAAAGCAGAAAAUACUUCACAGUUCAGUGUUACUGGGCCAGAGCUUCCAGCAUGGAUAUGUAGAUUUGGCUGAUUUUUCUCACUUACAGUAGUUUUUUAUUUCUUUUCGUGCCAGAGUGCUUGGCCCUAAUCUUUAGCUUUGCAUUGAUCGUAGGUUGUGUAGGUUGUGUACAGUAGGUUGUAUUAUCACUAUUUCACUUUGAAUGAAUGUCAGUCAUGUGCUGCCGGUGGGCGUGCACAUUCUCAGUAGUGCUAUUUAAAGUACGGAUAUUACAUUAUAUGUAGUGUAACUAAGAUAGAUAUUUAGUCUAUCACAAUGAAGCUAUAAACACAGUUCACUGUGGAUUAAAUAUGCUAUGAAUUUUUCAUGUAAGUUUCUAAGUUUUGUUGCCAUCGUUAUAUGUGCAGCUCAGCAUAUUGGGCACAUUUCUGUUGUUUUUUUUU